CUACAGUUGUCUCUGGUGUGCAUUUUCACCUAGUCGGAUCCAUGGAAACAUUUUUGAGAAGAACAGGAAAAAACACUUCUGUGUCCAGGAAUGAAAUACAGAAGAAAAAUAUCCUGAAGGAAUAUCCCGCUUCACUAAGGGAGGAACCUUAUGUAGGAUUCAAACUGAAUUAGUUGAUGUGAUUUAUGUAAAAUGGCAAUCUAUUAUACGUAAAAAAAACCCAAACCAUAAAAUAUUAAAAUAAAUUGUUUAUUGCUAUCACAGUAUUUUUUUUAGUCAUGGGAGCUUUUCAGCUGUUCUGGUUAUUUUAAGUAGCAGGUUGCCAAACAAUGAAAAUAGGAAGCAACAGUUUUCUGCUGGCACAGAAGUUCCAAAUAACCAUGGGUCUCAUGAAUUUCACAUUUGUACACUGUCAUCAUGAGUCAGGAUUUUCUAUAGGUGAGAAGUGACUAAACAGACAUAAUUGGUUUUAUUUGUUUAAGAAAUAUGAGUCUCCCAAAGAGAACUGUUUGCAAUUCCCUUUGUAGGAGGGGCUACAGAACUAUAUAAUCUCAAAACAAAGCUGCUGAGAGCUUAGAGCGAGUUAUACUGUGUACAAGCUUACUUUAUUCCAGAUAGUAGGAAAUCAGUGGAAGCAUGUCUGGGAAGCCCAAGCUGCACUACUUCAACGGACGAGGCCGAAUGGAAUCAAUACGAUGGCUACUAGCAGCAGCUGGGGUUGAGUUUGAAGAAUGUUUUCUGGAAACAAAGGAUGAUCUGACAAAGUUACAGAAGGAUGGAUUCCUGCUGUUUCAGCAAGUGCCAAUGGUGGAGAUUGAUGGAAUGAAGAUGGUGCAGUCAAGAGCCAUUGGCAAUUACAUAGCAGCAAAGUACAACCUCUAUGGAAAGGACCUGAAGGAGAGAGCCCUAAUUGAUAUGUAUGUGGAAGCAAUAAUAGAUUUGAAUGAGUUACUGAUGACGCAUAGUUUCCAACCAGAGGAUAAAAAGCAGCAACAUUUUGCUAAUCUUGUGGACAAGGCCACAAACAGAUACUUCCCAGUCUUCGAGAAGGUUUUGAAAGACCAUGGGCAGGACUUUCUUGUGGGCAAUCAGCUUAGCAGGGCAGAUGUGCAGUUACUUGAAAGCCUUUUAAUGGCAGAAGAAUGCAAGCCUGAUAUCCUUGCCAAGUUUCCUCUCUUGCAGAGUUUUAAAUCAAGAAUAAGCAACAUCCCCACAAUAAAGAAAUUCCUGCAGCCUGGCAGCCAGAGGAAACCACCACUACAAGAGAAAGAUUUACCAAGAGUGAUGAAAAUUUUCCACUGAGCAGCAAACUUAACCCACAGAAACUCUUAUUUCGUAGUCUUUGUGUUUGCUGAUGAAAUUAAUGGUGAAAAUAAUGAAAA